AUGCUAGAGAUCUUAAGUGACCGUAAUAAGAAAAUUCAGGAGCUCUCUGGGAUGAUUUUAGCUAAAGACAUUGCGGCUGAUUCGGUAACCAUUACAGAGGAGGAGCUGGCCGAAUACACUAGUCUCAAAGCUGAGCUUUGGCGUGCAGAAAAGAACGUGGAGUCUCUCUGGAACAACCAUAUUUCAUCUCUGCUGGUGGAUGGAACUACUUACUCGGAGCCAAACGACAUUAGGGUCCAUGUUAGAGAUUUUUAUAAAUCUCUUUUCAGCUAUGAGGGAAGGAUUGAUUUUGACAUCUCUAAUCUCGCCUUCGAUAAGAUCUCUGAUGUGCAGAGUGAAUCUUUGAUAAAGUCUUUUGAGGAGUCUGAAAUGCUUGAUGCUAUCUGUUCUUGUGGCGUGAAUAAGGCUCCAGGACUGGACGGUUUUAAUUUUUAUUUUUACCAGAGAGCGUGGCCAAUGAUGAAGGAUGUCAUUAUUGAUUUCUUCAGUAAGUUUCACAGUAUUAGCACUCUACCUAGAGGUAUUAACUUUUCCUUUUUAGUUUUGGUUCCAAAGGUGGUAGGAUCGUCAAACAUUAAUGAUUACCGUCCUAUCAGUUUGAUAAAUGGGUUUUACAAGAUGCUUUCAAAAGCUCUUAGCAAGAGAUUAUCCCCCAUCCUUUAUAAAGUCAUCUUGAAAUUCUACAUGGACAUGUAUAUGCAUGAAAACGGAUGA